UUAUCUCUCCUUCAUCUUCCGACACGAUCUAGUAAAUCUCUCCAGUUUUCGAAAGAGCUUCACAAAUCCUUUUAAAGAUUCCAUUUUCUAAGAUAUAUAAAGAAGAUAUUUAACCAGAAGAGAUGUGUUAUCUGAACAAGGUUUGGAUUGCAGCAUCGUACGUGGCUGCUCAGGGUAACCCCGAUCACGGCGUCAAGCUGAAAGCUGGUCUCAGCUCCGCACAACACCUUCAACGCCGGCUUACCUCCGAUAUCCGCCCUCUCUCAGCCGCAGAUGUCCCCGUAGAUGGUGGGCGAGUUGAAGAGAAACGGCUUACCUCUUCUUCCAAUCCCGAUGAAUCUCUCCGUCAGGUCAUGUACCUCAACUGCUGGAGCCAAGGCUAAUUCCAAGCCCAUGCAAUCCAUCCUCGGAUGACGAAAAUGAUGAUGAUCGUGAUGGUGACUCGCUCUUGAACCCGCUGAGUUGGAAAAAGCGAGUUUGAUUAUCCGAUGAUAACUGUAUAUAGUUCCGGUGUAAUAUAGUCAUAUGUGUGAUUAUUAGAAGGUCAAAAUAAAUGAAUAUCGUUUUUCUUCUAA